AUGCAACUUUUAAUUAAGCUUCAUCGACGCCAAUUGAGCAACUGCUCCCCUUCUCUGCCCUUCGGCGGCUUUACGCCUCCGCCCGUCUAUUUGCAGCAGCAGCAGCAGCGACAGCAGCAGCAGCAGCAACAGCAGCACUGCAGCAGCAGCACUGCAGCAGCAGCGUUGCAGCAGCACCCCAACAGCCUUCCAGCAGCACUGCAGCAGCAGCAGCCCUGCAGCAGCAGCCCUGCAGCAGCAGCCCUGCAGCAGCAGCCCUGCAGCAACAGCCCUGCAGCAGCAGCAGCAGCGCUGCAGCAGCAGCAGCAGCAGCAGCGCUGCAGCAGCAGCAGCAGCAGCAGCAGCAACGCACAGCUGCCUGAGGACGUUGGGGGCCUCGUGGUUGCCGCCGACGAGCAAAGUGAGGCGGGGGGCCCUUUUGAGGCCCCGGAAGUACUUGUGGAAGUCUUUGAGGACUUUGUACUUUUGGGGCGCGUGGAAAUAUUGCAAGGGUACUGCCGGGCCCCAACGGGGCCCCUCAAGGGGCCCCUCAAGGGGCCCCUCAAGGGGCCCCUCAAGGGGCCCCUCAAGGGGCCCCUAAAGGGGCCCCAGGGGUACUGGGGGCCCCCAGGGGCCCCCAAGAGGGGCCUUGGAGAUAUUAAAGUCUUAGGAAAUGGAGAAAUAAAUUAA